AUGAAGCACCAACUUAUUUUUGGUCUUUUGAACUUUUUCAAUUGUUUUAUUCUGACAAGUCAAGAAGAGGAACAGAUUCAGAACAAAGAUGAAGGCUGGUCUCUUUAUGAUGAAUUGCCAGAAUAUAACUCAACGUACGAUUCUGAUUCUACAUCAGCUCCAUGCCUGUUGUCUGUGCCCGGAUUUAAUUCCCUCGCCCUGAUGAUCGUCUACUUCAUCGUGUUUGUGUUCAGCAUCGUGGGCAACAGUGUGGUUAUUUUCGUGGUCUGCACCAUGGAGAAAAGCAGAACAAGCACCGAUAUCUACCUGAUGCACCUAGCCAUGGCAGACUUCCUGUUCUGCCUCGCCCUUCCCUUCUGGGCCGUGGACAGUCAUUACGGUUGGGUUUUCGGCGACUUCUUGUGCAAGCUCAUGUCUGGCUUUCAGGAAGCGUCUGUGUACUGUGGCGUCUUCCUGCUGGCGUGCAUCAGCGUGGACCGGUACUUUGCCAUCGUCAGAGCCACACGCAGGCUGUCCUCCCAUCACCUGGUGGUGAAGGUGAUUUGUGGGGUCGUGUGGCUCGUGGCAGCGGUGCUCUCUCUACCUGUGGCAGUUAAGAGGGAAAGAAUGCACGGCGCGGAUCUGAACCAGGACAUCUGUUAUGAGAACCUGACCGGCGAGAGCAGCGAAAAGUGGCGAAUCAGCAUGCGUGUUCUGAGACACACCGUGGGCUUCUUCCUGCCUCUGGUGGUGAUGGCUGUCUGCUACAGCUGGACGGUGGUGACGCUGUUCCACACCCGCAAUCAUCGAAAGUAUAAGGUCAUACGUGUGAUCCUGGCGGUGGUGCUGGCGUUCAUCAUCUGCUGGCUGCCCCACAACGUCACCGUGCUCGUCGACACGCUCAUGAGAGGCGGGUCGCUGCAGGUGGGCUCGUGCGACACCCUCUACAGAGUAGAGAUGAUGCUGAAGGUGACCCAGGUUCUGGCCUUCCUGCACUGUGCCGUGAACCCGGUGCUGUACGCUUUCAUCGGGGAGAAGUUUCGGAACCAGCUGCUUGUCGCGCUUUACAAAAACGGCCUCAUUAGCAAGAGGCUGUUGAUGUCUUACAGGAAGAAUUCCCUCAACAGUUCGGUCAGCUUCAAAUCUCGAAACACCUCUGUUUCCAUGUCGGUUGCACCCGACGGCUAAUUUUCCUCAGAGGCUCAUGAUUUAUUUGAUCCUUCAGUCAUGUCAUAUCUGAUCUCUUCACCAGUAAUGAGCAAAUCAAAAUGAUGAGGUUGCA